AUGUCCAGGACGCUGAAGAAGAAGAAACACUGGUCAUCCAAAGUGGUGGAGUGCGUGGUGUCGUGGGGGAACCUGGGGGACUUCGGCCUGGUGGUGGAGGUCCUGGGGGGCGCGGAGGUGGGUCAGUUCCCCUACCUGGGCCAGAUGAAGCUGGACGUGCUGCUGUGCCACGUCGGGAAGCUGCCCUACUACGGGGACGUGCUGCUGGAGGUGAACGGGACCCCGGUCAGUGGACUUACAAACCGCGACACCCUGGCCGUCAUCCGCCACUUUCGGGAGCCGAUCCGCCUGAAGACCGUCAAACCAGGUAAAGUGUUGAACACAGAUCUUCGCCACUACCUCAGUCUGCAGUUUCAGAAGGGCUCACUGGACCACAAACUCCAGCAGAUUAUACGGGACAACCUCUACCUGCGCACCAUCCCCUGUACCACGCGGCUUCCUCGAGACGGGGAGGUUCCUGGCGUUGACUACAACUUCAUUAGCAUUGGAGACUUCAGGAUCUUGGAGGAAAGUGGACUUCUCUUGGAGAGUGGGACCUAUGAUGGGAAUUACUACGGGACCCCGAAGCCUCCUGCAGAGCCCAACCUUGUGCAGCCUGACCUGGUGGAUCAGGUGUUGUUUGAUGAAGACUUCAGUGGUGAGGUCCCCAGAAAACGCACCACCUCCGUCAGUAAGAUGGACAGGAAGGAUAGCGCCGUACCCGAGGAGGAGGACGAUGAUGAGAGGCCCCCUCUGGUCAAUGGACUGCCUGAGCACAAGGACUGGAGGAAAGCAGUGCCCAGCUACACUCAGUCCAGCAGCACAAUGGACUUCCGUACAUGGAGCUCUCUUCCCCGUGACGAUAGCCUCGAGCCACUGCCCCUCAACUGGGAGAUGGCUUACACCGAGACUGGCAUGGUCUACUUCAUAGAUCACAAUACCAAGACGACCACGUGGUUGGACCCCCGCUUGGCAAAGAAAGCGAAGCCCCCCGAGAAGUGCGAAGAUGGCGAGUUACCGUAUGGCUGGGAGAAAAUUGAUGACCCACAGUACGGCACAUACUACGUUGACCACAUCAACCAGAAAACCCAGUUUGAGAACCCUGUCCUGGAGGCAAAGAAGAGACUGAACCAGGAGACAACUGCAAUCCAGCAAGCUGCAGCAUCAACCUCACAAGGGAAAGGAGGCGCGUUCGGUUUUACUGCAGAGCCCAGCCAGCUCAAUGGGGAGAUGUACCACACCGCUCUGAAGAAGAGCUCCCAGGGUUUCGGCUUCACUAUCAUAGGAGGUGACCGCACAGAUGAGUUUCUGCAGGUGAAAAAUGUGCUGAGUGACGGCCCUGCUGCCCAGGACAAUAAAAUGGCGUCCGGUGACGUGAUUGUUGAAAUUAAUGGGAUGUGUGUGCUUGGCAAAACCCAUCCGGAGCCCCAGCAGGCUCUGCAUGGCGGGGAGGUGGUGACCGCCGUGCCCCUCAUCAAUGGACAACCACUGCUGGUGAAAGGCGACGUCCUCCAUGGCUCCUCGCAGGAGCUUCACUAUGUCACCACGGACGCCAGCGGCCGGCCUGUGGUGGCAGCUCUGCCCAAUGGGAGGCAGCCAGAGCGGGCGGAGGUGGCCACGGGGAUGCUUCAGCCCGAGCUGGUGAGCGUGCCGCUGGUCAAGGGACCCGGAGGAUUCGGGUUCGCCAUUGCCGACUGCCCCCUUGGCCAGAAAGUGAAAAUGAUCCUGGACGCCCAGUGGUGCCGUGGUCUGCAGAAAGGAGACGUCAUUAAGGAGAUCGACAGGCAAAAUGUCCAAACCCUUAGCCACGCACAAGUGGUGGACAUCCUUAAGGAUUUACCAGUAGGCAGUGAGGUCAACGUGGUGGUACUGCGAGGAGGUCAGACAUCCCCUGUGAAGACUCUAAAGCCGAGACAGGAAAUGACAGCUAGCACGGAAACUUUGGACACCAUCGCAGACGCAACGCCGCAAGCCUUGCCUUUCCACUCCAACACGAGCACUCUGCGCUCCUCUGAUUCCCCCAAGCGAGAGGCCACGGAGAUGUACCUGAAGUCCAAAGCCCUGCUGGAGAGCAGACAGCCUCACACCAAAGACAUAGAUGUUUUUCUGAAGAGAGACAUUGAAACAGGCUUUGGUUUCCGUGUUCUGGGAGGAGAAGGUCCACAGCAGCCAAACGUAUUUCCCCAGGUGUACAUUGGAGCAAUCGUGCCGAACGGAGCCGCAGAGAAGGACGGCCGUCUGAGAGCGGGAGACGAGCUCAUCGGCAUUGACGGUGUGAUGGUCAAAGGUCGUUCACACAAGCAGGUGUUGGACUUGAUGACCAAUGCAGCUCGAAACGGUCAAGUCAUGCUAACCGUUCGCCGAAAAGUAAUCUACAGAGAUGCGACGGAUGAAGAGGGUCUUGAAAUGGCCCCCGUACUAGUGAACGGCUCUCCCAAGCUACCUCGCUUACCAAUGCCCAGCGCACUGGAUCAUGAGUCUUUUGACAUCACGCUCCAUCGCAAGGACACUGAGGGAUUUGGAUUUGUCAUUCUCACCUCCAAAAGCAAACCACCAUAUGGAGUUAUCCCUCACAAAAUUGGCCGUAUCAUUGAAGGCAGUCCCACUGACCGCUGCGGCCUACUGCACGUGGGAGAUCGUAUCUCAGCAGUCAACGGGCGCUCCAUUAUUGAGCUUUCUCACAAUGACAUUGUUCAGCUUAUCAAGGAUGCUGGCAAUGUUGUCACCCUAACAGUGGUUCCUGAGGAUGAAUACAAGGGCCCUCCAUCCGGUGCCAGCUCAGCCAAGCAGAGUCCAGCUCUCCAACACAGAGCCAUGGGACAGAGUUAUAAUUUGGACCUUGAGGAGAAAAGAGAUGGAGUCAACUGGUCUGAUCCGAAAACUCUUCCUCCUAGUGAGCAGGGAACACUGUGUGUGACAGGACCCAACCAGGGUUGUCUGACAGUGGAGCUGGAGAGAAGUCCCAGGGGAUUUGGCUUUAGUUUGCGAGGGGGUACAGAGUACAACAUGGGCCUGUACAUCCUGAGACUUGCUGAAGAUGGACCUGCUCAGCUGGAUGGAAGAAUCCAUGUCGGAGAUGAGAUAGUGGAGAUCAAUGGGGAGCCAGCUCGUGGCAUUUCCCACACCCGAGCUAUUGAACUCAUCCAAGCAGGAGGAAACAAAGUGGUGCUGCUGCUGAGACCAGGGGCAGGUCUGGCUCAAGAUGCCAGUAACACAGCUUCCUCCACUGUGUGCUAUUAUACCGAGCACCAACACUAACAUCAUCGCUCCUCUAUCUGGUCUCUUAUCUUUAACCUUGAUCAACGUGAUCAAAAAAUCAUUUCACCCACAAGCUAUUUUGGAGAGGUGUUUUGCUCUGACACAUCACCCCAGUCCUCUCCAUAUCCCACCGGGGCUUCCGUUUCUGUUCCCUCUCCCAUUUAUGGCAAACUGAGGCAUUCUCAUAGUUGUAGCACCAAAAUCCAACAAGGCCGCGCGCUACGCCGCAGCAGGGGUUUUAGUUUGAUGGAGGGGAGUGGCGAGUGGGCCGACAAGAAGGUAGACAGGCUUUCGCCCGCCUCCCCCGAUCACACGAAGUUCUACAUGAGGACUAGACCCACCAAUGACCCCCGAGAGCCUAGCAGCCCAAAGAUAACAGGGGAGACACUUCCUAAAGCCAAAGAGCAACAUCACAGUCGCAAAAAGACGUCCAGUCAGGCACAAGACGCAGUGCCCAGCAGAACCAGAAUGCCUCAGCUUGCCUCCAAAAGCCAGACCGCAGGCCUCAAGGCGUCCGAGGGUGGACAGCAGGUGUCUCCAACCCCACAGCACACAGAUCAUCAACAAGGCCUCCGAGAUGCCUCCAGCAGAGAGAGCUUAGCUAAUGAAAAGCGAAAAAGCGUAAGCGGGAAUCCCGAGAGCAGAAGAUACACGCUAAGCGGAGGUGAAAGUCGGAGGCCUGACCCUGAGAGAGUCCGUUUUACCAGAAGGGUGAUGGGAGAUUCUCCCCGGCACAGGACGUUUUCUCUCAAAGUGAGAGAGACCGAGAAAGAUAAAGGUAAAGACUCAGGACACAGAGAUGUUAAUGGCCAGGUCAAACCCACGGAAAACAGUAAAACAACUAAAGGCACAAUUUACAAAAGGGAAAUGUUGUUUUCUCAAGACAUAGAUCCACAAAGAAAGACACAUUUACCAAGGGAGACAAAGGGAAGAAAAAGUAGAACAUCUAGCUCCAAAGAAGACAGUAGAAAAGUAGACUUUGUGGACUCUGUGAGUGGGUUUCCAGUGGACUUCCAGAGUCCAAAGGGCUCCCUUAGCCCAGGCCCGUGGAAAGUACCGUGCUCUGCUAAGAUCCUCACCGAAGCAGAAGUCCUCCGUGAGCCUUUGUGACAGAUCACUGAAUAGCCAGGAGAAUAAUUGUGCCAUGGGAUAUUUAACUGAAUCAUCAGUUGAUUGUUUUCCAGAGUUCUUCCACAAAAAAUGGGAAGGGGAAUGUGCCACUUUCACGAUGUUUGGACCAUGGCUAGCUUUGUAUUUUGGGGUUCCUGUGAUAUCCCAUGUGGCAUGUAGCACUCCCCUUUGCCUUUUCAGCUGCUUUUCUUUUUCUUUUGUGGGACUUCACCGGCACGCUUGGGGCCUUGUCCAAAAAAAACAAAAACAUUUUGAAAUGUGAAAAUGUGCCAAUCCUGGGAACCUCUCGUGGAACGACCACCACCAACAGCACGUCACCCAUUACAAUGCAAUGACCCAUAUGCAAAGAAACACAAAAAGGCCCUGCCUCUGGUCUGUAGUGAACACUUAGUCAAACUGGGGUUUCAUGUUGCUCACAGCCUCUUUGUGGGAUAUUUGGACUCUUUUUCUGAAAGGUUUUCUCAGCUGCAUGCCUUCGGUCCUUCUGUUUGUUUUACUGCAUGUAUUCUGCACAUCACAGAGGCUUAAUCGGUUCCUUGUUUAUGAUUCUAAUUUCUAAGACCUGGCAGAUUUCAAAUACAAUCAAGCAAACGUUUACUUUACCAGUUACUCUAGACUGUUUUCGUGGGUAUCUUCAUGACACAUCCUCAUGGGUAUCGUAUCAUUAAAAAGACCAGAAACUUGUGGUUUGAGAUCUUGUUUACCAUGUGUAUAAAAACGAACCAGUGUGAAAUUUAUUGAGGUGAUAGAUUAAAAAACUUUAUGUGUAUGUAGCUGUACCAAACCAUUCCACAUUUUGAUAUAGACUUUAAAAACUGUCCCAUGUUAUUUGAGCUUUUACCUUAUUUCCAAUGUACGUUAGUAGUCAGAUUAUCGUGGAUCUUUUUAGAUCACGAAAUGUAUAGAACUUACAUUCAAACUGCUGUACCAAAUGUUUGCAAUGUGUCUCAUUGUGAAAUAUAAUAUAUAGAUAUAUAGAUACAUUUAUAUAUAUAUAUGUAUAUAUAUAUAUUUGAAUGUUUUAUGUAUUGCAG